CUCCGUCAGUUAACUUGAUGACUGGACAGACGGUGGAUGCUUAGUUGGCGUGUUUCUGGCCCCACUGAAUGAUGUGGAUUAUAAGAGGGAAACCAAUUUAAAAACACUAAAAAUCACAGACGGCGAGACUAAAAAUCCAACCCAGAAACAUGUCUGAUAACCACUUAUCCUCCUCCAAUUGACGACUCCACCCCCAAAUAACCAUACCCCAAGCUCAGAUUUCGAUUCCAACCAUAAUCCCCAACCAUUGCCUCCCUUUUACUACGACAGCUUCUAUACAGUCGGCGCCAUGGUGAUACCAAGCUUGAAUCUCAAACAAAAAAAAAAUUUGAAUCUAACCAAAUCGCCAACAGAGAAGACUGCAACAGCGAGGUCUAACAGAUAACGGUGUAAAGUUUGGUUGCUUUUUGGCUUAUGUGGCAGGUGAGAUGGCAUCAAUUCAGCAUUCCGUUAAUCAAUUUAACGCCGUCUGACUCGUCGUUAUAGUUUCAGACGAAAAUGAAUAGAUUUGUCACACAACCUUAUGAUUUUUGGAUAUUUCGUGUAUAUCGAUAGUUGUGUAUAUAUUUGUCACAAACCUGGUAGUUGUGGAUAUACAACUGUAUUUUGCCUAUUUUUUUCUCUUUUAAUCCACGUCAUUUAGUGGGGUCAUAAACAUGCCAACUAAGCAUCCACCGUCUGUCCAGUCAUCAAGUUAACUGACGGAGUGGACGAAAAUGGAUAUUUCGUGUAUUUUGAUAGUUGUGGAUAUAUUUGUCACAAACCUGAUAAUUGUAGAUACACAACUGUAUUUUGCCUGAAUAAAUUCUUUUGGCAUGCAACACUUUAUUAUAUAUAUACAGCUACGGGACAAAAUGUAGCAGAAAGGAGAUACCUUUUAUAUUAGGGAUUAGUUAAGACCUUGGAGGUUUAUAAUUAAUGUGUUGGGUAACUAAGAAUAUAAUUAACUUGUGAAUAAAAACAACUCUCACCACGCACCAGCCUCUGUCUUUUUUUUUCAAAAAUCUCAUGUUUUACGUUCAAUUCUCUCGUAAGUAGGAAGCUAAACCUAAACCGCAAAUCUUUCAGUGUAACUACCAAACAAACCAACCCAUCUGAUUUGAAGGCGACGUGCAACCCACUCGACUUUAUUACUAUAUCGACAUUUUCCAAUUCUAUCCCUCUCUCUUCCAGUAAAACUCCAAAACUUGCGGGGUUAUUAUAGUCAUUAGAUAAACGCAGUGCUUAACUUUUUUUUUUUUUUUUUUUUGUGCAGUGACCACUGACCACUUACGUACAAAAGAAGGAAAACGAAUCUCUUUCUCACUGCCUCUCGCUCGCCCUGACGACUUUCCUUUAUAUAGAUACAUCGGGACUUGGAUCAAAAUCAACAUUUCUUUACACAGACAGAAGGCCCAAUUACAGAGCUGCAAGCACAUCUAUCUAACAUGGCGAAAGCACCUCAAGUCAUCACUUGCAAAGCGGCGGUGUGUUGGGGCGUGGGAGGGCCGGUGAAGAUAGAAGAGGUGGAGGUGGAGCCGCCGAGACCGUCAGAAAUCCGAGUGAAGAUGCUCUGCGCCAGCAUUUGCCGCACCGACAUCUUGUGCAUCAACGGCUUCCCAACUGGACUUUACCCUAGAGUGCUGGGCCAUGAAGGUGUUGGUGUGGUAGAGAGCCUGGGAGAAGAAGUGAAAGAUCUGCAAGUCGGAGACACGGUGAUCCCUACGACGCUAGGAGAAUGCGGGGAAUGCGGGAGCUGCGAGUCGGGUCGGACCAACUUCUGCCAGAAGUACCCGAUCGGAGCCACGGGUCUGAUGCCGGACGGGACCUCCCGGUUCACCGUCCGGGAGGGUAACAAGAGGACUCCGGCGUACCAGUUCCUCUCCUGCGCCACGUGGUGCGAGUACAUGGUGGUCGACGCCAACUACGCCGUGAAAAUCGACGCCGGCUCCAUCCCUCCGCCGCAGGCCUCCAUCAUCUCCUGCGCCUUCACCAGCGGUUACGGCGCCACGUGGAAGGCCGCGCCGGUUACCGUUGGCUCGUCCGUCGCCGUUUUCGGCCUCGGCCCCGUCGGCCUCUCGGCGGUGCAAGGAGCUCGGAUGCAUGGAGCGACGAAGAUAAUCGGGGUGGACAAGAACGAGAGGAGGAGGAAGAUAGCGAGCGAGUUGGGAGUGACUCAUUUCAUCAACUCGGAAGGUCUGGAGAAGCCGGUGUCGGAGGUGGUGAAGGAGCUGACCGACGGGAAAGGAGUGGAUGCUUGCUUCGAGUGCUCCGGCUACGCGCCUUUCAUGAACCAAGCCAUGAAAGCUGUGGUACAGGGAAAAGGGAAGGCAGUGGUACUAGGAGCAGGAAAAUACGACAGUAUCCAGCUUGACUUCGUUGACCUUCUGUUCGGCGGAAGCAUAACGGGCUCCAUUUUCGGCGGAGUUAAGAUCAAGUCCGACCUCCCCCAUCUCCUGCACAAAUGCAAAAAUAAGGAAUUCGAGAUUGAUGCACUGUUGACUCACGAAGUGCCACUGUGCGACAUAAACAAAGCGUUCGAGAUGAUGAAGGAACCGGAUUGCAUCAAGGUUGUGGUCAAGAUCAGUUAGCUAUGACUAGAUUGCAUGCAGCAGUCCGCAUUAUAGAAAUAAAGAAGUAAUUUAUGAAUCGAUCGGAGUAAAUAAGUAGUACGGGUUUAGCAGGAGUAGGAUCGAAUUAUGUCAUGAGUGUUAAACAAUGUCGCGGCCCAGCAGCUGCUGUUGAAGUCGAGUAUCAAACCCGGGGAUGGAGCUAAAGACGCAGUGGUGGUAAAGUUUGAAUUAUCAUAGUAUAUAUGUUGCUUUUUCCCCCAGUUAUGGUCUUAUGGAACAAAAUUCUGAGUGUUGUGUAAACUUAAAACAAUAAUUUGGCGUUUGUUAAUUGAAUGGUAAUGUUCUGUUUGUUAUUAAAUAAAAUAUGUUUAGACAAUAAAAAAAUAAGUAUAGAUAGAUAGUUUAAUUUUAAAUCUAGGAUGAUAAUUAGAAUUUCCUUAAUUUUUCUUUCAAAAACAAAACCCUCCAACUAUGUAACAAAACAGUCAAAGAAUAUUUAAAAAGAAAGAAUUAAUAACAGCCGAAAAGGGGAGGGAAAGUGAACAGAGAAAGGGCUAUGGAAAAAAGCAAAGUGAACAGACAGACAAAGGCCACGCACAAAUGUAGAAGCCCAAAACUGGAUGGGUUGGGUGGAGGGCUUGUUUGUUAAGCCUGCCACGUCCAAUAUAUGACCCCGUCUAUGAAUGGGCUUACUCUUGCCCCUCUCCUCCUCCAGCGCUUCUUUCCUCGUUUCGCAUGGCCCAGCCCAAUGAACACUAGUUGCAAUUUACUUAUCCGGCUCGUUAAGCUUCCAUCCAUCGGGCGGUUUUGAUACUUAAUGGGCUAGCAGAAUUAGUAAUGCGCGAUCCUCUUAACGUUUUUGUCCGCUAUAGAAUUCAAAGCCCGGCCACACGUUUAAAUUUUCGUUUACGGACCAUACCAACCUCGAGUGUUGAGAGGUUCGACUAUUUUACGUGGCUGUCAGUUCUCAAGGUUAGGAUCUUACGGUUGCUGCAACCGUAAGAUACAAAGAAGAGAUUCAGAACCCAACCCAACCGUGAAGAGUCUGACCGUGAGACCCUGACUAACAAUUACCUCCUCCAAUCUCCUUCAUAUUAUCUUCUUCAAUUCGUCGGCACUCUGUUCCAUCGUCGUCCCUUCUCUUCUUCCUUGAUGCUUCUAAUUAAUCUCUUCCUAAACCUCAUUUAAUUCCCCAAUUAAGUACCCGAUUACUAGUAGGCCAGCUCUCUCUUUUCUUUAAGUACUACUUUUCCCAGAUUAAUUUCCUUUUCGUGUUUACUACUCCAGUAUCGUAACUGCCUAGCUAACUGGUCUCGUUACACACAUAGAAAUAUAGGUUGUGAAUUAAUCAAAUAAUAAAAUGUAUAUAUAGUAGUUUCGAUAAUUUGGUUGAGUUGAAGGCGAAAUGAAUUGAUGAUCGAUGUCGAUGCUGCUGCUGCAUCCACACUAAUAAUGAAAUAUAUGUAAAUUAUUCUGUGCAGGGAUUGAAGAGGCAGACCAUGAUAGACUGGCUCAGUUGGCUGGAUUCCAAAAAGCUGUAUUACCUGUUCGCUACCUGGGAGUUCCUCUAAUAGCAGGGAAAUUAACUACAAGUGAUUGUCGUGUCUUAGACAGAGGGCGACGAUGAGGAAGAAAGUUGUUAUGGCUUGGGGGUUAUUGGCAAUACCAAAGAAAGAAAGGGGGUUAGGCAUUCGGUGUCUAAAGACAUGGAAUGUGGCUUGUACUACAAGGCAUAUAUGGGCUUUGCUUGCAAAAGAAGGAUCCUGGUGGGUUGCAUGGAACUACCGGUAUCGAAUUAAGAAUCUUACCUUCUGGGAAUUGGGAAAAAGCAGCACUGCCUCUUGGGUAUGGAAGAGAUUGUUAAAGGUAAGGGAUAAGGUGGAAGGGUUCUUCCGUUGUUGGGGAACACAAGUGUAUUGGAAUGAUAAAAGGAUGCUGUGUUACUCUGUGAAGCAGGUUUGGCAAGAUUUGCAGCCGGUUAGGCCCCAAGUGGCUUGGUAUCAACUGGUUUGGGGAAGAUAUUUGAUUCCAAAACAUAGCUUUUUAUGCUGGGUUAUAACACGUAAUAGAAUAACAACACUUGAUCAAUUGCAGAGCUGGGGGAAGGUAGCGAGUGCAAAUUGUAUGUUUUGCUUGGCUCAUACAGAGGACAGGGACCAUCUAUUCUUUCAUUGUCAAUACACUUCCCAGGUGCUGAAGGGCUGUUUACUAAUGCUUAAUCUAAGUUGCCCUCAGUUAAAUGGUUAUGAUGAUUACUUGCAAUGGGCGGUUAGAACUUUCAAGGGGAAGAAAGCAUUAGCCAUGGUUGGUCGAUUAGUUUGGAACUUAGCUGUGAGUCUGAUUUGGCGGGAACGCUGUGGUAGAUUGUAUGGAAGUUCUGCUAUGCAGUUUGGGGAGUUGAUCAGGACAGUACGCAGGACAAUUGAGCUGGCUAGACAUGGCAAUGCCGCUCUGGACACUGAUUGUCGCGCGAUCUUUAGUCAGUAAAUUUAGUGAUUAGGGUAGAUUUUGGUAUUUAUGUAUGAUGUGUAUAUAUAGAGUAUAGUAGCAGUAGUUUCUUUUAGCUUGCUGCUGUGUGUAAAGAUCCAGAUGUGCAUCCCCUCUUUUAAGGGGGCACAUAGAGCUUAAUAAAAUUUUUGAUAUUGCCCAUAAAAAAAAUAUGUAAAUUAUAUUUGUGGAGCCAUAGAUAUAUAACAAUAAUAAUAAUAAUUGGCACAUGGGCUUAUCUCUUUAUAAAUGUUGCGUGGCCCAUGAGAUUUAUUGUACUCCUUCAUUUACUUUUGGGUACUAUCAACUAUGCUGUUUCUAUCUUGCCCUUCCUAACUAAUUUUGGGUACAAAAUUGGUUCCUCCAUGGAAAAUUGUUUCGUUGAUAGGAGUCUUUUGUGCGAUGAUAUUUUUUUUUUAAUAUUACGAGUUUUCAACUUUUUGCACGAUAUGGUUGGAACAAGUCUAUAUAUUCAGUUGCUCUUAGCUCAUUACCUACCUUGCUCUGACGGAUGUACUUUGUACAAAUGUCAAAUAGUGCUAGACCACUACUUUGUACAUGAUGUUGGUUGAUGAUGCGAGUCAUGCGAUAGCCUCUGUCAUGAGUUCAAUGAAUUUUUUUUUUUUUUGGAGAUCUUGUAUUGUCGUGGAUGGUAUGUCACACAAAAUCCAUCCAAUUCGGUCAUAAUUAAGCUAUAACUAGAUCGACUUUCAUAACCAUCCAAUCCUUCAUACCCUUCUUUGCCCUCAUAGAAUGGAGAACUUCUAACACGUGUUAUUUGUGAUGUGGCGACCUGAUAAACAAACUUAGUUUGUAUUUCAUGGACCAAAGAUCGAUGACACUAACAACUUCAGACUAGCAGCAAGGUGCACUUGGUAUGUAAUUCCCUAAAUAUAAACCACGUUGCAUAGGUUGAUAUAUCUAAAUUGCUCAACAUCUCCGAAAGAAAAUCAGACUAAGGAUCACCAUUUACCAAGAUGUUAUUAAGGGUUCUUCGUAUUCAAGAUAGCUUUCCGGACUUCUUGACAAUAGAAAGUUCAUUCUAUAGUCUACCAUGUCUCGUAAGCUAUUGUUAGCAUGAAAACAGUUCCUCAAAGGUUGGUGUUUGUCGUUUUUUUUUUGGACAGUGAAGGAGCAUCUUUUAUUCCCAUCCGAAACAGAGGUAGCACCAGAACAUUACAAUAGGGGAGCAAGCAAAUUAAAUCAACAAUGACAAUCCAACUUACACCCUCCCUCAAAUUUGUACCCCUUUGUUGUCAAAUAUAGUAUUAGUGUACAACUCCUUGAAAUGUUCACAACGAUAAGGAUGGGAUUAGGUGCUAAUCUUUAUAGGGGUUAGCACUGCGAUAACUAGCAAAAAACGCUACUAAAAAUAACGAAAUCAAUACAACAUCUAAGCUAAAUCACUACUAAUUCAAACUAGUAGUAGUUUUUCCCUUGAUUAGGACGGUGCUAACUAUUGUACAAUUAGCACUGUAACCGCUCCCAACGAUAACGGUGUGAAAUUGAGUAGUCGUUUUCGUUACAUUUAUUGCUAAAUGAGCUUUGCUCACUUAUGAGUAAUAUUUUAGUGGAAAUACUACAUUUAUUUUAGGAGGAAAAAAAAAGAAAGAUAAAAGGAAUAUAAACAUCAAGUAGAAUUAUGUGAAAUUUAUUGGAGGGGGAAAAGACAAAAGAAACAUCACAUUGAAUUGUAGCAGAACAUGUACCAAUACCAUGCACAUUGCCUAAUUUUUGGGCUCAUUGAUAUGUACAAAUUCCUCUCCUCUCUAUCUCUUUAUAAUAUUCUGGAAAAUAUAUGAAAUACGUGAUAAAAUAAAAACAUAAAACAAAAAAUGAAGUGGAAAAGGGAAAUGAAAGUUUAUCAAUCCCAAAGUCUUGUCGAUCACUCAAACAUCUCAUUCUGACAAACUUAGAAACACACAAAAACAAAGGGAAUAAGAUCAAACCCAGAUCUGACUCCAUUAAGCAACUAAUUAACAACAACUAACUCUACAGGCAAAACAAAUAUUAAAGUAUUAGAAGAAAGAAAGAAAAUUUAGCACUCCCCGGUUUUUAAUUCGAUUGCUUUUAUUAUUUUUCGCAAAUAAAAGUUUCAAAAAUAUUCAAAUUAUUUUCUACAUAAUGAGAUCGUACAUCAAUAUGAUCUAUUAAUCGAUUGAUAUCCAAAUUGUCAAAUUUAUAGGCUAUAGUUGGAAUGGUUGCCCAUAUUGAUUGCUCUCGUCACCUCCCUUUCAGUGCCUCCUGCUUAAUUAACAUGGGUAGGUAAUAUACAACUGUAAUAAUAAUGAUUUUUUUCAUGGGCCAAUCAGACACAAUUUCGCGUAGGCGUGGGCAAUGGACGGAUUGGGUGGAUUGUGGUCUGAAAUUGACUCACCCGCUUACUAGCGGAUUGAAAUGCAUGUGACCUACAAUCCACCCACAUAUUUAUGUGGGUUGGGUUGGGUGGGUGACGGAUGAGUGCGGUUGGGUCGCGGAUUAAUCUUCAAAAGCAAUUCUCCAACUAGCCAUUAAGAAAAUUGACUAACAUUUAAAAUAAAUUCAUAGCAAAUUAGUAAGAUUGUAUCAAUAAUUUGUGAUUUUGAUACAAUUAAUAAUUUAUAGUUUGUAUCCCACUAUAUAAUGAAUAUUACCAAAAAUUUGCAUACCAAUAUUCAAUGGAUAUUGCACAACACAAUAACCAAUAAUAGUAGUCAAAACUAUUCCUUACUCUCCACGUUUUGAAGUAUAUGGUCAGACUGUAGUGGAGUUCGAAAAUAUGAUGAAUAUUCGAUACUAUAAGAAACAACAUUUUUCCAUAUAAAAAUAGGACGCGGGUUAUACGGGUGACCCGCAAUCCACUCACCAUCCACCCACAUAAGUGCGGGUGGGAGAUUUAACAAUCCGCAAUCCACCCACAUCAAUCACCCACUGUAUGCGGGUCGAGUUAUUUGCAGAUGGAUCGAUAUUAAUCCGCGGAUUAACCACCCACAUGCCCAUCCCUAAUUUCAACGUAAUACCAAAACAAAGAAAAAAGGUUAAUUAAUCCGAAAGGGCAUCUAUCUUAGCUUGUAAUGUAGACAGUACACCCUGUAAUCUCUUGGCUCUUAGUCUAAGCAGAGCUUGCUUGCACGUAAUUGCUAUUGCUAACAAAGUCGUGGCACCUAAAUUUUACGACUCAGAAAAUUAAUAAUUAAAAUAAACACAAUAAAUGAAAGACAAAAGGAAUUAAACGUAGUAGCAGUAAUUAUCAUAACAACUGCAUAAUUGAAACAGUAUAACACCCGCCGGCCGGAAUUCGGUCGCCGGAACUACACUGUUGCAUUGAUUCAAUUAUGCUUCAGGAGUGUAAUAAUAAUAUAAAAUAUACAGGCAACAAUAAGAAUUAAAUAAUUUGGACAAAAGAUGGGGAAGAAAAAAGGUGUAGAUAGUAACGGCGUAAUUCUGAAGAUGAAAAGGAAAGAAAGAAGGAGAAGAAGAGAUUCGUGUAAGAGAUUGAGUGAGAGGUAGAAUCAAGCGAGCGAGCGAGCUCCCAUGAUACGACACCGUUCUCAUCUGCCGGCGAUCUAUAUAUAUAUAUAUACAUAUAUAUAUAUAUAUAUAUAUAUAUAUAUAUAUAUAUAUAUUGCUGAGUUUUGUUGAUUGGAUUUGGAUUUACAAGCUAGGGAAUGAUGAGAUCGGGGCAGCGGAUCCGCUUGGCCAGCUGGAAACCGGUUCGGAAGAAGGAUUCGAGUUCCUCCCGGUGGAGCACGUCGAAGAAUUCGAAUUCCAACCCCAGCUUCCUCUUACAGG